AUGUCUAAUUUGCGACGAAAGCCAGAAGAUGAAGUUGGGCGUACUCAUUCACCAUUAAAAAAGAGUAAUUAUGGAGCAGUAACUGCUCCUCCAUUGUCACAAAUUCCUUAUCUUAAUGGUGUAUUUGAUGAUGAAGAAACAGAUCAACCAAAAAUAAUAUAUGUUCGAGAAACUGAUUCGGAUUAUAUACGUCGAUGUAAAUUAGGUGGUACUCCUGAUUUACUCAUGUAUAUUGAUCCAGCAACAUGCAAAAGUAAAGAACCGGUACCGUAUCCAAGACCACUUUGGUGGGAUUCUAUGUGUGAACAAAUUCCAUCAUCACUAAAUUCUGAUAAUGAUCAACAACAAGAAAAGAAAUUAUCGAAAAAUGAACAUGUAUUUGGUGCUUCUGAUUGGUUUGCUCAUGAUGAACGUAAUCGUUCUCCGAAUAAACAACAGAAAACAGCUUCAAGAAACUCUCAAUUGUCCACCUAUGCUAAAAAGAAAUAA